UUUUUCCUUUUUUCCAUUAUUGUUUUAUUGUUUUUAACAUUCUGUUUUACACAUUUUGCAUUUUUUUCGUUGGAUGUUUUAUGUGACUUUUCUUUUUGAUUUGUAUAUAUAGAAAAAUUGUUGAGUGUAAGGUGUUGAGUUGGCAUAAUUUAGUGAUUUAAUAUUAUUUUUUAUAAGGUGGAACUCUCUUUUUCUUCUCAUUUUUCCAAUCACUUCCCUUCUCAUAUCACUGUCGCUGUUUCUCUUCACCCAACUGUCCUCUCUGCCGCUUCUCUUUUCCUUCUCUCUUCCUUUUUUACCUGUUCUUAUUUCUGUGACUGGAGCUACAUAGAUUUUAUUUUGCUUUGGUUAGACGGAUGGUAUGGAUCAUGAAUAGUUGAUAUUUUUGUACGGAUGUUUUGCCAAAAUAAUAAUAAUAAUAAAAUAAUGAAUAAAAACAGAAGCUUGUACAAAAAAAUGUGAUCCGGCCUAUUUUUGGCUGUUGUGCGGGUGGUUUUUUGCGUCUGCAAAUUGGUAUUUUUUGAAGCAGGCACCAUAUAAUGUCUGCCUCGUCAUUUUUCAUGUGUAGGUUUUCGUCUUCCUUCACAUUAGAAUUAUUCACACAACAAAUAACACUAGUUUGAUAAAAUAUAGAUAAUAAACAAAAAACAAAACAAAAAACAAAGAUGGUAUCCGAUAGCACAGCAGUACCCACCAGAAAACGGCAGACUUUGGCGGCUGCCGGCCACUCGCCAUUAUCUCUCCUUUAAUUCUUCCCUUCUUCCACCUUUCCUUCUCAUCUCAUCUUUUCUCUUCUCUUCUGUAUUGACUUGAAGCCAUGGCUACCACUCCCUUUGAAGUCGAUGAGUGCCGUGGUGUCCUCCGCGUUUACAGCGAUGGCUCCAUAGUCCGUUCCUCCAAUCCGAGCUUCAAUGUCCCUGUCUUCGACGAUGGUUCCGUUCUAUGGAAAGAUCUUCUCUUUGAUCCCAUCCACGAUCUUCACCUCCGUCUCUACAAACCUGCUUCCAUUUCUUCUUCCAAGCUUCCCGUCCUUUUCUACAUUCACGGCGGCGGCUUCUGCAUCGGCUCCCGCACCUGGCCCAAUUGCCAGAACUACUGCUUCCGCCUCGCCGCCGAGCUUCCUGCUCUCGUCAUCUCCCCGGACUAUCGUCUCGCUCCCGAGAAUCGCCUUCCGGCCGCUAUCGAUGACGGCUUCGCGGCUCUCCGGUGGCUCCAAGCCCAAGCUGAAUCCGACCAUCCUGAUCCCUGGCUGGCCGACGUCGCCGAUUUCAGCAGAGUUUUCAUCAGCGGUGACUCCGCCGGUGGGAACAUCGCUCACCAUCUUGCGGCGGGACUGGGCCUAGGUUCGCCUGAGUUGGCGCCAGUUCGAGUGAGAGGCUACGUUCUCCUGGCGCCAUUCUUCGGCGGGACGGUGAGGACUCGGUCCGAGGCAGAAGGCUCCAAAGAAGCCUUCCUGAAUCUGGAGCUCAUCGAUAGGUUUUGGAGAUUGUCGAUCCCGAUCGGAAGCAGCGCCGAUCAUCCUCUUGUGGACGUGUUUGGACCGAGCAGCCGGAACUUGAAGGCGGUGGAGAUGGAUCCGAUAAUGGUGGUGGUGGGCGGCGCUGAUCUGUUGAAAGAUCGAGCGGUGGAGUACGCAGAGAAGCUGAAGAAACAGGGGAAGAAGAUAGAAUUGGUGGAGUUUGAAGGAAAACAACACGGAUUCUUCACCAUUGAUCCAAAUUCUGAAGCUUCUAACCAAUUAAUGCUUCUCAUCAACCACUUCAUUGCUCAACAUUCACUCUGAUUCCUUCAUCCCUUUUCCAUUCCCCUAUCAAUCUGCUUAAUAAAAAUGUUCCAAUCGUAAUCCAUAUGUUCAUAAACCAUCAAACUAUGUUUUAAUUUUCUUUUAAAAACAAACAAACACAAUUUCAAGAUAAA